AUCGGGAAAUUAAAAAAUGGGGAAGUUGCGUGAAAGCUCAGAAAGCAGAAUACUUCAUAACCAGUUCUUAGUUCUGCUCUGAUCUUCCUUCUCCCACUCCAUUUUUUUUUCUUUUCAUUAUUCUAUUUGAUUCACUCUCGGAUCUCUUCUCCCCGAUUCUCAAGACAAUCCAGUAGAAGAAGACCCAGGGAUUACUUUCUCAUCUCACUCUUGUUUCUGUUUGAUUCUCUGACCCUUUUCGUUUUGAUUCAAUCCGAUCUUAGUUGCUGUUAUGGAGAAAAUCAGAAGAGCGUCUCAUGCCGGUUCUUGGUACACCGACAAUUCUAAGAAACUUGCGGAGGAGCUUGAUGGAUGGUUGAGGGCAUCGGGCCUGUCUAAAUCCCCGGAUGUACGUGGUGUAAUUGCUCCGCAUGCUGGUUAUUCGUAUUCAGGACGUGCUGCUGCAUAUGCGUUCGGUAACAUCGAUCCAACAAACAUUUCUAGGAUCUUUCUUCUUGGUCCAUCUCACCACUAUUAUACACCAAAAUGUGCCCUUUCGACAGCCACUAUUUACCAGACCCCCGUGGGCGACCUUCCCAUUGAUUUGGAAGUUAUCGAGGAGCUAAAAGCGACUGGAAAAUUUGAAUUGAUGGAUAUGCGUGUUGAUGAAGCUGAACAUAGCAUGGAAAUGCACUUGCCAUAUCUUGCCAAAGUAUUUGAGGGGCAUUCAGUGAAAGUUGUACCCAUUUUGGUUGGUGCCGUCUCUGCCGAAAGUGAAGCCAUGUAUGGACGCCUGCUUGCCAAAUAUGUGGAUGAUCCAAAAAAUUUCUUCUCUGUAUCCUCAGAUUUUUGUCACUGGGGGUCUCGGUUCAACUACAUGCAUUACGACAAGAAACAUGGGGCGAUAUACAAAUCUAUCGAAGCUUUGGACCACAUGGGCAUGGAUAUAAUAGAAACAGGAGAUCCUGAAGCAUUCAAGAAGUAUCUGCAGGAGUAUGACAAUACCAUUUGUGGUCGUCACCCUAUUAGUGUAUUUCUUCAUAUGUUGAAGCACAGCUCCACAAAAAUAAAGAUCAAAUUCCUUCGAUACGAACAAUCCAGUCAGUGCAAAACGAUGAGAGACAGCAGUGUGAGCUACGCGUCGGCUGCAGCGAAGGUGGAUGCUUGAAUUGAAGCUGUGUGAAUUAUGGCAAUGAAGAAGAUACAUUGAUUUAUAAUCUUCUCCAUUGGCUCUGCCUUAACCUCUAAUAUCAUGCAUUUUACUUGAUCAACGCUUGUUCUUAAAUUAUAUGGCAGUCUCCCCCCGUUACAUAUCAGUGAUUCAGGAACCUGCAUUGUUAAUGUGUUAUUCUACUUUUUGUUUCAUAUUCAUAAAGAUUUAUUCUC